AUGAAUCAAAAUCGCUCGAAACACAUUUCGUCGAUAACGACUACAACAAAUACGAAACUAGAUCACAUUAUGCCGCCGCCAUCGCCGACAAAUGUUGGGUGUUGUGCCCCACUUAAACUCAAAUCGCCAAAUCAUUCGACCGAUAUGUACUUUGAGAAUCGAGGGAAGUGCUGCAAAAAGCUGUUGAGAGUUAAUGGAUAUCCGAAUAAGGUGCUUUUGUAUCCGGAGGAAAGUUGGGCUCGAAGUGCGGCAUCGAGUUACUUGUAUCUCACACCUUGUCGAUGGCGAAGAAGCACAUGCAUCGUGGAAGAAGUUGCUGGAUCAAGAAAAAUUUCAACACAUGCGAAAAUGGUCUCUGCUGGAGCAGGAGCGCUACUUAUCGUAGGUUCUUUCAAGAAACGCGUUCCAGAUCCGGAUUUUAAGCUUUAUUUGUCGUCAAACAUCAGUUUAGCUGAUUACAAUAUGGGAUAUUGCAUCACCGGAACACUCGAACGCGGUUGCAAACGUACAAACCAAUUCCAGACGACACAUUUUGCUGUGAUACGUCGUUGCUGGCCAGCCCUCGAAAAUGGAGACAAUGGAAAAUCAUAA